AUGGCGCACGCUGGCGGCCACCGGCAGUCCCCGCACAUCGACCUGACCUUCAGCUCGGACGACGAGCCCGCCCUGCCGCCGCUCGCCAAGCCCAAGGGCCGGUUGGGUGACGACCGAGCCACCUCGUCCUCGUCGACCAAGGCGCGCCGCCCGCCCAAGAUCAUCGACACGGACGACAGCGACGAGGACCAAGAUCGCCCGCAGCCGCCAGUUGCUGCGCCCAGCCUCGCCGGCAAGCACAAGAAGCCCGUCAUCCUCCACGACUCGGACGACGACGACGAGGACGACGACGCCGCCGUGGCGGCACACGCGCCAGUGGCCGGCCCGAGCCGGUCGCACGUCAACCGCAAGGACCACUCUCGCGCGAGCGCAGCCGCCUCGGACGAGGACGAGGGCGACGAGGGCGACUCGCACUCGGACACAUUCAUCGAGGACGACUCGGGCUCCAACGCGUCGGGCUCCGGCAGCGAGUCCGAGUCCGACAGCCAGUACGUCGAUGCCGACGACUCGGACCUGCGCCAUGCGCCUGUCGCCCAACCCGCUCGCCGCGCGUUCGCUCCUCCCGACGCGCCGUUCAAGGCGCCCCUGCGCUCCGUCAGCAACACGGCCGGGUUCUCGUCUGCGUCGUCCUCGGUACUCUUCAACAAGUCGGCCGCGACCAAGCCCAUGCCCGACCUGCACUGGUACGGCUUCGACAAGGUCACCAAGACGCCGCCCGCCGCCGCCGCCGAGUCGUCGAGCAGCGCCGGCCCGCCGUCGCUCAAGCAGCGCCUCGCCGCCCAGGUCCUCGAGCAGCAGAAGCGCAUCGGGAUCCCGAUCAGCGUCCCUCGCGAGGGCGCGAGGGGCUCGCCACCGGCGGCCAAGGAGGGCUUUGCGAUCGACGACGAGCGCGCGCUCAACGGCAUGAUGGCCGACCUCAACGUCGCCGACGAUGCCUCGCCGCACGACCAGGAGGCGGCCCUCAAGGAGCUCGUCGCCGGCACGUCCGACAUGAGCAGCCUCGUCGACUUUGAGCCUCCUGACGGCCUCAAGUGCACGCUCCUGCCGCACCAGGAGAUCGGCGUCCGCUGGCUCGUCGAGCGCGAGACGGGCAAGAAGCGCGGCGGCAUCCUCGGCGACGACAUGGGCCUCGGCAAGACCAUCCAGCUCAUCGCCCUCAUGCUCGCCAACCCGUCGGACCGCGUCAAGCCCAAGGCCAAGACGACGCUCAUCGUGUGCCCUGUCGCGCUCAUGGACCAGUGGAAGAGCGAGAUCGCGACCCACACCGACGGUCGUCUGCGCGUUCUCGUCCACCACGGCGCGUCGAGGACGACCGAGGGCCGCAAGCUCGCCAAGUACGACGUCGUCAUCACCUCGUACCCGACCCUGUCGAACGAGUGGCUCGACCCGAACCCGAAGAAGGCGGCCAAGAAGGGCAAAGGCGCCGCCGCGGACGACGACGACCUCGACGAGCUCGGCAAGCUCGGCAAGCGCGGCUCGCGCGUCGAGUACGGCGCCCUGUUCGACCUCGACCACGGCUUCUACCGCGUCAUCCUCGACGAGGCGCACCAGAUCAAGAACCGCACGACCAAGAUGCAGAAGGCGUGCGUCGCGCUCGACACCCACUUCCGCUGGUGCCUCACGGGCACGCCUCUCCAGAACGAGGUCAUGGACCUGUUCUCGCUGUUCGAGUUCCUCGGCCGCCGCGUCGUCAGCCCGCUGCACGAGGUCGGCGAGUUCAAGGCCAAGAUUCAGAAGCCGAUGAACGGCAAGCGCACCAAGCUCGCCCUCGCCCGCCUCGGUAUCAUCCUCAAGGCCGUCAUGCUCCGCCGCCGCAAGACGGACCAGGUCGACGGUCGCCCGCUCCUCGCCCUCCCGUCUCGCGAGAUCUUUGAGAUCAAGGGCCCGUUCCUCGACGCGCGCGAGGCCGAGUUCUACGAGAAGAUCGAGGAGAAGAUGAGGGCGGCGAUGGAGAAGUUCAAGACGGCGGACCUGAUGAAGAACUACACCCAGGUCCUCGUCAAGCUCCUCCGCAUGCGCCAGGCGUGCAACCACCCGUCUCUCGUGCUCAAGAACGCGACCGACCUCGAGGGCCUCGAGCUCAAGACGGACAAGCCCGUCGCCGCACCUACGCCGUCGGGCUCGAGCUCGUCGACCGGCGACGACCCCGACGACCUGUCGUCCAUGCUCGGCUCGAUGUCGCUCGCCCCGGCCGCCGAGCGCGCCGGCGCCGCGUGCGCCAUCUGCUCCAAGUCGAUCGGCAAGUCGCGCACGGCCGCCGGCGAGAGCACGUGCAGCAGGUGCGAGAUCGACAUGGCCGACUUUGCGGGCAUGCGCAGCUCGACCAAGGUGCGGCGCACGCUCGAGAUCCUCGAGGGCGUGCGGCGCGAGAGCCGCGAGGCGAGCCGCAUCGCGUCGCAGCGGUCGGGCGGCGAGAGCGACGAGGACGAUGACUCGUUCGACGACAACGCGCACGUCGUCAAGCAGGGCAAGGGCAAGGCUCGCGAGGUUCCGCUCGGACCCAAAAAGACGAUCAUCUUCUCGCAGUUCACGUCCAUGUUCGACCUCCUCGAGCCCUUCCUUGAGAAGGCCGGUCACCGCUUCGUCAAAUACACGGGCGUCAUGAACCAGAGGGAGCGCGCCGUGGCGCUCGACGCGAUCCGCAACGACCCGAGGUGCACCGUCAUCCUCGUCUCGCUCAAGUGCGGCGCCGUGGGCCUCAACCUCACCGUCUGCUCGCGCGUCAUCCUCCUCGACCUGUGGUGGAACCCGGCUAUCGAGCAACAGGCCUUUGACCGCGCGCACCGCUACGGUCAGAAGGACGACGUCAAGAUCUACAAGCUCGUGAUCGACGGCACGGUCGAGGACCGCAUCCUCACGCUCCAGCAGCAGAAGGCGGCCCUGGCCAAGGCGGCGCUCGACGGCGAGGGCGAGAUGGGCAAGGCGCAGAAGCUCGGCCUCGAGGACAUCCUCUACCUCUUCCGCGGUGACGGUCGCGCCGGGCCGUCCGCCCACCUCGCGGCGCACGACGACGACUGA